AUGGCAAUACCAUUCUAUGGGAUUACUCCGGGAAUGACUUUGUUCCCUGGGGCUUUUCAACAACCUCUACCACUAAAUGAAUGUUUGAAAAAUAGUGUUGAUGUUAGACAAACACUCACUGAAUAUAGAAUAACAAUUCAGACUCAAAAAGAGUCAUGGCUUCAAUGCAUUGGUUAUGAUGGGAAAAUUUUCUAUGUUAAUUGUAAAACAAAAAUAUUAACUGAAGAAAAACCUGAUAUCUUUAAAACACCAGAAGAACUUAUUCUUGCUACAUGUCCUUGGAAAGAAAUUGAACAAGAUGGAAAGGUAGUAUAUAAAAAUAAAAAAACAGGAGAAAUUGUUAAUGAACAACCAGAGAUAUAUAAAUUAGUUACUCAAAGAAUACAACAACUAAAAGAAAAGAAUGAAAAUAAACAAAUUAAAGAAGAAAACGUAAAUAAAAAAGAAGAAAUGAUUCAAAUGCUUAAAGAUAUUGGAGUUAAUUCUCAAUCAACUUGGGAAGAAACAAAGAAAAAAAUGAAAAUUAUAGAUGGAAUGAAAAAGAAAGAAGUUAGAGGUAUUUUUAAUGAAUAUGUUGGAACAUUAAAAGAAGAAGAAAAACUUAAAAAUGAAAAAGAAAAAAAAGAAAAUAGAAAACGAUGUGAAGAACUUUUUAGCCAAAUGAUACAAGAAAGAGUUAUUACAAUAGAAAUGGUAUGGGAAGAUGUUAUUAAAAUUAUAAAAGAAAAAAAUGAAUUUUUAACAUUAAGUGAUAAAGAUAUUAUUGAAAUAUGGAAAAAUGAAUUAGUUAUUGAAGAAAAGAAAGGAAUUGAAAAAUGGAGAAAGUGUAUAUCAGAAAAUGAACAAAUGAAUAAUGAAAUGACACGUGAUGCAUUUUAUAAACAAUGUGAUUUAAUGAAUAUACCAAAAUAUUAUCAAGAGAAAUUAUAUCAAUUUUAUCUUAGAGAUAUAGAACAAAAAAAUGAAGAUAAGAAAAGAAAACAACAACAAGAUGAACAAUUAAAGAAACAAUUAGAAUCAAAAGUAAAAGAUAUUCUUAUUGAAAUGAGUGAUAAAAGAGAAAUUUUAUAUGGAGAUACUCCUGAUAAUUUUCUUUUAAAUGUUAAAGAUAUUAAAUUAGAUGAGUCAAUAAAAUUAGAUUUGUUUAAAAAAGAACAGCAGUCUUAUUUAAAAGAUCAAUACUUAAAUGUCUAUGAUGAUGUUAGAGAUAUUAUUAAUUCUAAUUUUGGUGUAAUAACACCAAAUAUGUCAACCACUACAUUUAUUAAAUUUUAUUCAAUUUUUGAUAGAAGAGUAAAUCGUUUACCAAGAAAAUAUCUUGAAAUUGCAUUAACAGAAUUAUAUUCUCAUUCUUCUUUAGAUCCAAAAAAACAUUCUCCACCAUCAUUAGACCUUCCAUUAGAAAAAAAGAAAUUAAUUUAA